AUGGAAGAUGCGCAUGUUAUGGUUGAUGACCUGACGAAGUCGUUUGGUGAUUUGUCGUUCUCUCGACGGGGAUCUUUUUACGGGGUGUUUGACGGGCAUGGUGGUGACGCUGCUGCGAAAUUCGUGAGCAGUCAGUUGCUAGGGAACAUUCUUAGCGAUCCUUCUUUCCCAGAUCGAGUAGGACAAGCAAUUUGCAAUGCGUUCAUGCGUACCGACCGAGAGCUGGAGAUGGCGCAUACUCUGGCCAGCGAGCCAAUGGAAUCAGGGACAACCGCGCUGGCAGUGCUGCUUCUGGGAAAGGCUCUGUACGUCGCAAAUGUUGGUGAUUGCCGAGCUGUGCUGUGUCGGCGAGGAAAAGUACUGGAGCUAAGCAGGGACCACCGUCCGUCCUGUCAGUUAGAGAGGGAGCGGGUGCAGCUGGCAGGCGGCUUUAUUGUCGAAGACUAUCUAAACGAUCAACUUGCUGUGACGAGAGCUCUCGGCGACUGGCAUUUGCAGGGCAUGAAGAACAGGGCAGCAGAUGGGGAAACAGUGGUAGGUCCGCUUAUAGCGGAGCCUGAGCUACGUGAGGCAGAGCUGACGGAGGAGGAUGAGUUUCUUGUGAUUGGGUGUGAUGGCCUCUGGGAUGCGUUCCGCCACAGUCAUGAGAAAUUCGCGCCUCAGAAGGAGCUUCUCUGCCAACGAGCUUCAAUCCUCUUAGGGAUGUACAUGUCAACAUAUUGCAUUUUCCACAACUACAACCUCCAUGUGAUAUAUCGGCAUUUUUUGCCAGCAAGGUCUUGCACUGGCAAGUAG